CCACGUUUCUAACGCAAAUUUAUAGUCCAUAAGUUGUCUAGGUUAUCGGGUUCCUAAAGACUAAAUACACGGGGACAAAGCCCAAGUUAAUCAGAUUUAGCAAAACAUUGUUUUUGUUGGAGCUGACAUCGCGAAAAACAAGAUAGCAUAGGCAAAGAGUCGGGGAGUCGAUAGACCUAGACCAAACGACGCUUGCUAGGAAAACCGGCGCUGGAGAGUAAAUGCGGGCAAACUGGGUUUAACAAUGGGAAAAAUUAGACCGCAAGCUAGGAAAGUGGUGAGAAACCAGCGUUCAAUUUUACAAUGUUCACUCCUCGUUACUCUUCAACUGGCCUAUAGAAACGCCGGCAUCUUAACAAUUGCUGGUAUAAUAACCGGUCUGGCAUUUACCACAAUAACUCGAAGGACAUUAGUGUCGAAAUGACAUCACGACAGCCGAGUAAUGGUGCAAAAUGUGCAGAUGUUUUUGGGUGCGAAAGCAACCCGGAGCGGUGUUUGCGCAGUUAACCCGAGAGAGGAUUGACUUUGCAUGUGAGGACUCAAGUGUCGAGAUUUUCUGCUCGUAUGGUACGGGCAUCAAAGUCCUGCGCGCUCAGUACGGACGAGAGCUGAGAGAAAGUGCUCUUUGCCAGGAUAACACCAAAAAAAUUACCGAGUGUAGCCUGAUGGAUGUUACUGACAUCAUUAAGGGCAUGUGUACCGACCUGAAACGAUGCUCCGUCCCUGUGAAUAACGCGGUCUUGGGAGACUUGUGCCCUGGCGUGUACAAGUACUUUAAACUGAUUUACGAGUGCAAAAUAUUGCCUGCGUUUCUAUCAACAACGUCUAAAGACAUCACAACGGCUAUCCGUGUUAUCAGCUCAAGAUCCGAGCAACACCAUGAGGCCACCAGAGCAAACACCCAAGAGUCUAAGAAAAUAUUGCCGACAACCACGCCGACCCCCUAUGUGCCCACCACACCACGUGACAUGAUCACGACAAAGCACGCAAACCGAUCGAGUACCGAACCACCCGAGGUCCACCGAAUGAAAACCGAAGACCCGAACAUUUACGACCGGGAAGUGUUUCAACCGAGAAACAGCGCAAACUCAUUCGGAAGAGACCUUUUUAGCAUGUAUCAAGUUGGACUUGUUGGUAUUACAGUAUUCUUUUUUGAUUUGUUGUCGAAGAGCGCCUGGUGGAUCUUAUAGGUUGACAACGAAAUUUGAAAAGAAGGUGGAAAAAUGAAAAACCUCAGUAACAUUUGUUAAGGCGGAAAGCUGAAUAUCUUAAUAACAGUUGCUAAUAAGGCGAAAGAUGAAUACCCCAGUAACAGUCGCUAAGGCGGAAAGAAGAAUAUCAAGUAACAUUUGCUAAGGCGGACAUAUAAAUACCUCAGUAACAGUUGCUAAGGCGAAGUUCGUAUGCUUUAGUAACAGUCGUGUGCCUUAGAAACGGUUGCUAAGACAUAUACGUAACAAUUUGUAGGGCAAAAUGCGCAAGUCUUUAUCGUUGAUGCAAAAGACCGAUACCUGAUAAUGACAAAAGGAUUUUUGUGCAUACAAUAACACUGUUUAUCAAAUAAUGUGUAAAAAUCCACUUCUAUGAUAAAACUUGCAAAAGAAGUUUAUAUAAAAAGACGUACGCUAAAAGGCCUGGUGAUUGGACUUCAAGCUCAUUCAAAUGUAAAUAUUUGACACUCCUAGCUUGGGAUAACUAUUAUUUCCUCAAAGGAAUGCCUUGGAAUCCUGUAAAAGCUGUAGAAAAUUAUUAUAGAAGGUAAUAUAAAGCUGUGAAUAGUCAUUUUUUCGUAUGACGUGCAUGAGACAAACUGUAAACAAACUGUAAAUAGGUUUUUAUCGGUGAAUAAUGAGUCAAUAACGUUAAAGGUGGCUUUGGCUCGUAAAGCUCUAAUAUUCUUACACUGUGUAAGCAGCAAAGUUAAUACAACAGAGUGCUAAUGAUAAACAAGAAAUCCUAGAAAAGUAGAAUCAAUGGGUAUUUUGUUCCAUAUCACAGACUCUUUUUCAUUAUUUCUUGAUAACAUUUUGCGAAAGAAGUCAUCCGAAAGUUACACAAAAGUUACACUUAUUGUGAAUUUAGAUAUUUUAUGAGGUGCAUCGAGACUUAAAUGACAUAAUAUACAUGUAAUAUACUUAUAUGAAGUCAGAUUAGCUCGUCCCGUUAAUGCGAGUUGGCGAGUAACUAGGACGCGUACCGCUCCCCCCCCCUCCCCUGGCUAGAUUGACGAUGGAAGUAAAGAUACCGGAAAUAAUAAAAUGUCGGUAGUCGCCAAA